UCGAGCAUCUGUUUCCGAGUUUCUGUUAGCUGGGCUGGCUGCCAUGACUUCACUUAUUUCCAGCUUCUCACGACCCAUCUUCUCUUCUGCUUCUUCUUCUUCAUCCUCUUCAAAAGAAUCAGACUCCAAUGCGAAGAAAACAGUUAAGCUGAGAGAGGACUGGCGGAAACGCUCUAAGCCUAUACCACCAGGAGGUACCUAUCCAGCCAAAGACCAUUGCAGUCGGUGUGGGUUGUGUGAUACAUAUUACAUUGCCCAUGUAAAGGAUGCUUGUGCUUUCUUGGGAGAUGGAAUGUCCAAAAUUGAAAGCUUAGAACCUGUAGUUCAUGGUAGAGGGAGGAAAUCAGAUUCCUUGGAUGAGACAUAUUUAGGAGUGUAUGAAAAGCAGCUAUAUGCUCGUAAAACUAAGCCAGUAGAAGGAGCUCAGUGGACUGGGAUAGUUACAACUAUUGCAAUAGAAAUGCUCAAAGCAGGCAUGGUUGAGGCUGUUAUUUGUGUUCAGAGUGAUCCAGAUGACAGACUGUCACCAAGGCCCAUUUUAGCUAGGACACCAGAUGAAGUUUUAGCUGCUAAAGGAGUCAAACCAACGUUGUCUCCUAAUCUGAAUACCCUUGCCCUGGUUGAGGCUGCUGGGGUGAAACGUCUCCUUUUCUGUGGUGUGGGAUGCCAAGUGCAGGCAUUAAGGUCUGUGGAGCACCAUCUAAAUUUGGACAAGCUUUAUGUGUUAGGCACCAAUUGUGUUGAUAAUGGAACUCGAGAAGGCCUAGAUAAGUUUCUAAAGGCAGCAAGUAGUGAACCAGAAACUGUUCUGCAUUAUGAGUUUAUGCAAGAUUACAAGGUCCACUUAAAGCAUUUGGAUGGCCGUAUUGAAGAGGUUCCUUAUUUCUGUCUGCCAGCAAACGAGUUAGUUGAUGUUAUUGCUCCAUCUUGCUAUAGCUGUUUUGACUACACGAAUGCAUUAGCGGAUCUGGUGGUUGGAUACAUGGGCGUUCCAAAAUAUUCUGGAAUCAGCAUGACACAGCACCCACAAUAUGUUACAGUCAGAAAUGAACGUGGCAGAGAAAUGCUGAGUUUGGUAGAGAACCUUUUGGAGAUCACUCCGACAACUAGUAGUGGUAAUCGGCAACCAUUUGUUAUGGAGACUGUUAAAGCAGAUGAUGAUGCUAAGUUCAGAAAGGGUCCUUCUCAACCUGCCCCUAUGUUUAUUGGGAAUUUGAUAGCUUUUUUGCUAAACUUGAUUGGGCCAAAGGGUCUGGAAUUUGCCCGUUAUUCACUUGAUUACCACACUCUAAGGAACUAUUUGUAUGUGAACCGCACCUGGGGAAAACAAAGAGCUGAUAAGCAUAUUCCUUCGUACGCAAAGAAAAUUGUGGAUGCAUACAACCAGAACGGUCAGAUUGAUCAAAUGCUUACCCGGAAGUAACCUCUAGAUGGUGAAAAUGCAUGCAAUGUGGGUAUUUAUGAGGGUAUAAAAAAAUUUUCCUUCCAUGGUGUGACAUACAAAUUUAUGUGAAUGAGAAUGCUAUUUUAUAUGAUGAUAUUGUGAUCUUGGUGAAGUCAUAUGUAGAUUAGAUGUCUUUGCCUCGAGACCUGUUAGUUGACAAAAGUAUCGGUUUUCCCUGGUAUAACAAUAUGUUAUGUUUGGUAGCCAAUGUACCUUCUUUCUUUGUAUCCUCCUGUGUUGCGUGGCAA